UGUCCGUCCAUCCGUGUGUUUACCAAUCCGUCGUCAUUAUCAACGCGUAUCGUCCGAUUAUCAUUUUCAUUGCCAAUAAUAAUAAUAAUAAUAAUAGUAAUAGUAAUAAUAAAUAAUAGUCAAUCGAGUUCGUUUUGCGCGUCCGCCGUUCGACUUUCGUUGUUACCGCAAUAUUUACUACUGUCAUCGUUCGGCAGAUUUCACUUCGUCCGAUCGAAAUCGGUUCUCCUCGUAUCGAAACUAGCACGCGCGAGACUGGUUUGGUGCCAUCGUCGCAGUCGUCACCGCCAACGCCGUUGAUGCAUUUGAAACAAUAUGAUGUUAAUGUUGAACUCACGCGUACGAUUUAACUGAAAUUUUUGACAACAAUCACUGUUAUGACGACGCGAUCGCUUUUCAUCAUUAUAAUCAAUAUUAACCGUCCGCGGUGAGCAACCGAUAAAUCAGUCAUUAUUUGCAAUGUUCUGUUGGAGAUAGAUCGGAUCAAAUGAUCGUUGGCCAAUUGUUAAAUGAACACUGGAGAAAUGGAUCAUGGGUAUCAGAAUACUGGCAGAACCCAUUUUGGAACAAAUUCUCAACAACUGGUAACACACUCAUUUUGCGAUCGAGCAUCUCCAGUAUCUCCCAUUACAAACAUUGGAAGUUAUACUCCUUUUGUACAACAUACAAAAGAUGACAAUAAUAUGAAUUCAUUACAACGUAAAGCGCAAGUCAAAUUAAAUGCUAUGCCAUGGUUUCAUGGAAAAAUAUCAAGAGAAACAGCGGAAGAUUUGUUAACACCAAAAGAAAACGGAUUAUUUUUAGUUAGAGAGUCUACAAACUAUCCAGGAGAUUAUACACUUUGUGUUUGUUACCUUGGUAAAGUUGAACAUUAUAGAGUAAAAUAUAAGGACAAUCAACUUACCAUUGAUGAUGAAGAAUUUUUUGAAAAUCUAUCUCAAUUGGUCGAACACUAUCAAAAUGAUGCUGAUGGACUUUGUACUCAAUUAACUAAGAGUUUACCUAAAAAAGGUAAACAAGAGUUUUGCAUUGAUACAAAAUCUUUUAUUGAUGCUGGAUGGGUUAUACAGGAACACGAAUUACAGUUAAAUGAAACAAUUGGCAAAGGAGAAUUUGGUGAUGUUUUAUUAGGAGUGUAUAGAGGAGAAAAAGUUGCUGUAAAAAUGCUUAAGGAUUCUAGUUUAGAAGCUCAAAAAUUUCUAACAGAAGCCUUACUUAUGACGUCUUUGCGGCAUGAAAAUUUGGUCGAACUCCUUGGAUUAGUAUUGAAUGAAAAACAUUUGUUACUAGUCACUGAGUAUAUGGGUAAAGGAAGCCUUGUUGAAUACUUACGUUCAAGAGGACGACUUCAUGUUACAAAGAAAGAUCAAAUUAAUUUUGCCGUUGACACUUGUAGCGGUAUGGAAUAUUUGGAGUAUAGAAAAGUUGUGCAUAGAGAUUUAGCGGCUCGAAACGUAUUAAUAUCAGAAGCAGGCGUUGCUAAAGUAGCAGAUUUUGGAUUAGCUCGAGAAGAAAAUUAUAUUGUGGAUGCUGGAAAAUUGCCAAUUAAGUGGACUGCUCCUGAAGCUCUCAGACAAGGGAUAUUUUCUAAUAAAUCUGACAUGUGGAGUUUUGGUGUUCUACUUUGGGAAAUUUAUUCUUUUGGCCGAGUCCCUUAUUCCAGAAUUCCAUUAAUUGAUGUAGUAAAACAUGUAGAAAAAGGUUAUCGUAUGGAAGCUCCAGAGUGUUGUCCUCCAGAAAUAUAUGAAAUUAUGAGACAAACUUGGGAUUUAUUGCCAGAAAGAAGACCGACAUUUAAAGAUGUUAAGACAAAAUUAGCACAGCUAAAAGUUGUAACUGUUAAUUAAAAGUUAUAUUGACUAAUGUAUACAAAUAUAUUUGUGCACUAAUUUAGUCAAUAUCUGU